AUGGAAUCCAUUGAGUUCUUUCAAGUUUUCAUCAUAAUCAUCAUACUUAUCAUGACUCUGUUCUACAUGUACUUCAGAUCAUCAACAUCUUCUUCUUCUUCUAGUUCUUCAUCUUCUUCUGCUGCUGCUGCUGAUACUGAUAUCCCCCCUCCUCAAGAAAAGUAUGAUGUGUUUAUUAGCUUCAGAGGAGAGGACACCCGUCUUACUUUUACCAGCCAUCUUUAUGAUGCUUUAUGUAGGAAGAAAAUCGAAACCUACAUAGAUUACAGGCUUGUGAGAGGAGAUGAAAUUGCACCUGCCCUCCUCGAAGCAAUCGAGAGAUCUACGAUUUCGGUAAUCAUUUUCUCAAAAAACUAUGCUUCUUCCACUUGGUGUCUAGAUGAACUUGUGCAUAUUCUAGAAUGCAAAGAAAAAAAAGACCAGUUGGUUGUACCCAUUUUUUACGACAUCAGUCCAUCAGAUGUACGGAAACAACAGGGGAGUUAUGCGCUCGCUUUUCGUCAACUUGAAAAACGUUUCAGGGACAGUAUUGCCAAGGUGCACAAGUGGAGGGAUGCUUUGACGCAAGCAGCCAAUCUAUCUGGUUUUGAUGAUUCAGAAAAAACAGAGUCUGAGGCCGAUUUAGUUAAGAAAGUUGUCGAAGAUAUUUGGACCAAGUUGAAUCGCGAAUCGUCAAGUGAUUUAAAGGGCUUGUUUGGAAUUGAAAAGAAAAUUGAGCAAAUCGAAUCGUUAUUAUGCUUGGAUUCACCAGGUGUUUGCUGUGUAGGUAUUUGGGGCAUGGGUGGUAUUGGCAAGACCACCCUUGCUACUGCUGUAUUUAACAGGCUUGCCUCUAAAUUUGAAGCUGCUUGUUUUCUUGCAAAUGUUAGGGAGAAAUCAGAACAAACGGGUGGAUUAAAUCAGUUGCUAAAUGAACUUGUUCGUGAGAUAUUAAAGGACAAAGAUAUAAACAUCGGCACUCUGUCUAUAGGAUCAACUUCUAUUCGAGAUAGGCUCAGGCGUACAAAGGCGCUCAUUGUUCUUGAUGAUGUGAAUGCUCGAGAACAACUAGAAGUUCUUGUUGGUGAUGAUGAUCGGUUUUGCCAAGGAAGUCGAAUCAUUAUAACUGCUAGAGAUAAAGGCCUACUUGAGCAAAAAGUUGACCAGGCGAACAUAUUCAACGUUGAGGGAUUAGGUUCUGAUGACGCUCUUCGGCUCUUUUAUUCGCAUGCAAAGCCUCCAACAACAGAUUAUAGUGAGUUGUCAAGAGAGGUGGUAGAGUAUAUUCAGGGCAUUCCAUUAGCUCUUAAAGUUAUGGGCUCCUUACUCCAUCGUUGCAAGAGCAAACAAGAGUGGGAAGAUCAAUGGAAAAAAUUGAAACAAUUUCCAAGCAAAGAAAUCGAGAAAGUGUUGAGAAUAAGUUAUGAUGGAUUAGAAAACAAUGAGAAGGAGAUAUUUCUUGAUAUAGCAUGUUUUUGUAAAGGCUAUGAGAGGAAUGAUGUAAAAGAAUUAUUAGACAUUCGUGGUUUCUUUGUGGAAGUGGGAAUCAAUGAUCUUAUUGAUAGGUCUCUCAUAUCAAUUUCAUAUUCCUAUGGCGAGGAACGGCUAGAGAUGCAUGAUUUGGUGGAAGAAAUGGGUAAGGCAAUUGCUCAAGAAGAAGGCAGUAGGUUACUCAUGGCAAAGGAUGUCAAUCAAUUAUUGGCAAAUAACCAGAGCGAUGGACAUGUUCAAGCCAUAUCCAUUGAUUGGCUUGAGAUGGAAUAUGCAAACUUCGAAAAGAUGCGGGGAUUGAGAUUGCUACGUGUCAAUUCUUUUGGGCACCUCGCAACUUCAUUAAUUGGUUCUCUAGGUCUUCCCAAUUCUCUUAGAUAUCUUGACUGGUACAAAUAUCCUUUGAAAUCUUUGCCAUCAAAAUUUUCUGCUCAAAAUCUUGUUGUCCUUGAAAUGCCGUGCAGCCAAGUUGAGGGGCAACUUUGGAAUGAAGACCAGAGUCCAAAGAAUUUAAAACGGAUCAGUCUUCGUUCCUGCUUUCAUCUAACUGAAGUCCCAAAUCUCUCUCAGAGUGAACAAAUUGAACAUAUAGAUCUGAAUAGCUGUCAAAGUUUGGUUGAAAUUCCUUCGUAUUUUCAACAUCUUGGUAAGCUUACUUAUCUUGACCUUGGGGAAUGCAAAAAUCUCAAAAAUCUUCCCGAGAUGCCAUGCAAUCUUGAAGUCUUACUUUUAUCUCACACAGCAAUAGAGGAAUUGCCUUCAUCAAUAGAGUUUGCCGUUGGUCUCACUGCAAUUAAACUAAUCAAUUGCAAAAGUCUUGUGAGUCUCCCAACGAACAUUUGGAAGUUGAAAUCUCUGAAGAGCCUUGAUCUCGAGAAUUGUUAUAACUUUCAAAACUUCCCAGAAGUCUCGGAGGUUAUGGAAUAUCUAGAGUUUCUAAAUUUAUCAGGUACACUGGUUAAAAAGAUAACCCCAUCAAUUAGAAAUCUAGUUGCGCUUCGAGAAUUAUAUCUCCACAACUGCAAGAACCUUGAGGUUGUCCCUGAUGAGCUCUUUUGCUUAACCUCAUUACAAGUGUUAAAUUUGAGUUGGACCGAAGUUAAGAGCUUACCUGCAAGCAUCAAACAAGCUGCUCAGUUGUCUCUCCUGUUCCUCAAUGGUUGCAAGAGCCUUGAAUCUUUACCAGAGCUCCCCCCAUCACUAAAGACAAUUGCUCUGGAAGAACGUAUAUUUCCUCGACGGCCUCAUCUGAAAGAAUUGCCAACGAACAAGAAAUGUCUGGACAGUAUUGAUCUCAGUGGGUGCUCCAAAUUGUACUUCCCAGAAAUCUUAGAGCAUAUGAAACAUCUGGAGUUUCUAAAUUUAUCAGAUACAGCAGUUAAAGAGCUACCCACAUCAAUUGGAAAUCUAGUUGUGCUUCGAGAAUUAGAUCUCCACAACUGCAAGAACCUUGAGGUUGUCCCCGAUGAGCUCUUUUGCUUAACCUCAUUACAAGUGUUAGAUUUGAGCGGGACAGAAAUUAAGAGCUUACCUGCAAGCAUCAAACAAGCUGCUCAGUUGUCUCGCCUGUUCCUCAAUAGUUGCAAGAGCCUUGAAUCUUUACCAGAGCUCCCCCCAUCACUAAAGGCAAUUGGUCAGGACGAAUUAGAUUUUAUCCAGGGCUUCAAAGGAAACAUAUGA